GUUUGGCGGGGACGGGGUGAGAAGCUCGUGUUCGUUUUGUACUUGGUGCCAGAGUCCUUUUUACGGACCUUGGAUGCGGAGGAAGGGAGUGAAUAGAGUCUGUCAUAUUUUGUUCAAGAAAUGGAAAUGCGUGAGAGAACCAUCGUGAUAGCAGGAUGAGCUGUGGGAGUAAGGUCCGGGAGGCUCAGGUAGGCCCCGUUGCUGUGGAGUGCCAUGGUUACUGAUGACGGGAGUGGUGACGUAACGCGCACGCGUACGUGCGUUUUAGCCCGUUGGCCGGAGACGGAAGGAGACUAGCCGGGGAGGAGGCGAUACCAUCUUCCUGUGAGUUUGAGCUGGAGGAGGCAGCAUUGUCUCCCGACCCAGCCCCGCAUCGUGAGCUUCACCGUCAGACAAUAAAGCUGUAAAUGACAAGUGCUGGGUGCAGAAGCCGAGCAAAAUGGCUAAGGCACUCUGCACCAAGGCCAGGCUCGUGACUUACUUGCCAGGUAUUCAUGCAUUGGUUAGAAGGAUUGCAACCUUUAGAACAUAUUCCACAGGGUCUGAUGAGCCUUAUAUUGCAGUCAUACCACCUGAUCAAGGAGACACAGGAAGAACUGAACUUACUAAAGAUAAGGUGGUUGUGGCAGGUUUACAAACUAUAUGGCCUGAUGAAAAGAUGGGACCAUUUGGACCUCAGGAUCACCGGUUUCAGCUGCCGGGUAACAUAGGGUUUGGUUCCCAUAUUAAUGGCAUUGCUAACCAGAAGAAAAUCUCAACAAACAGAACACUUCCAGAUCUGCUAACUGAGCCAUUAAUGAGUGAGAAGCACGAAUUCAUUCUUGCACAGUUUGUCAAUGAAUUUCAGGGAAAUGAAGCUGAGCCUCAACCACAGGAAUUCACAGCUGCAGAAAAUUAUUUUGAGAAUGCAAAGGUGGAAUGUGCAAUACAAACCUGCCCAGAACUUCUUCGCAAAGAUUUUCAAUCUAUGUUUCCUGAGGCUCCAGUUGCGGGAUUCACAGUACUUACUGUAACGCAAAGGAGUGUUAAUGAUAUGACUAUAUGGAAUGAAGCAGUAGAAGAGGAACGUGAACAGCUACUGGAGAAAUUCAUUAAUGGUGCCAAGGAAAUCUGCUAUGCACUCCGCUCAGAAGGUUACUGGGCAGACUUCAUUGAUCCAUCUUCAGGCCUUGCAUACUUUGGACCAUACACAAACAACACUCUGUUUGAAACAGAUGAGCGCUAUCGACAUCUCGGUUUCCGGAUUGAAGAUCUUGGUUGUUGUAAAGUUAUUCAGCACAAGAUUUGGGGAACACAUGUAUUUGUUGGCAGUCUUUUCACAAAUGCACCUACAGAUUGCUUAGUAAUGAAGAAACUACAAGGGAACACCCCACUUUGAUUGCUGUCACCAUUUUAUUAUUAAAAAGAAGCUAAAAGACUGGUGAGGAAGCUCCAUUUUAUAGAUGUAUUCUGGUGGUUUAUGUAAAUGUAGUUUAAGAAGAAGGCUGUAAGAUGCUGAACAUAUCAGUGAUAUUUAUUUUAGUUCACUUCAAAUGAUAUUGUAAAAGACUGAUCAUGAAAAAUGAUCCUGGAAUUUGUGCAUGUGUUUUCUAUGUAAUGGAACUGUCACUUAAGAAAUCUACAUCAGUGAUGCUUCUAAGAGUAUUUCAGAACCGUUUACUGAUGACAUUUGGCUCGUGUAGCAUGGUUUGUUCCAAUUCCAGUGAGACAGUCUAUCUCAACUUAGCAAGUAAUAAAUUAAAUUUCCUAAAACUCAGGAGUGUGGGUACGAUUAAUUCUUUCCAAUUUUACUCAAGUAUCACUUUCAAAGGAAAGGAAUGCCAGCAUUUGUAUCGUGCCUUUGAAGACAUCAGCAUGUCGUAAAGCACUUUACAGCCAAUUGAGUAUGAAGGGAAUACAGCCACCAGUAAUAAUGUGGGAAUGCAGCAGAAAAGUAGUACCACAUACAGCAAUGUGAUGAUAACCAGUUGAAUGAUUUUGGUGAUGCUGGUUGAGUGUUAAGUAUUAGCCAGGGAGGCCUACCAAGCUCAUCUUCAGAUUAGCGAUUAGCAGUGCUGCCUCAGUGCCAGGGACCCACAUUCUAUUCCAAACUUGGAAAACUGCCUGUGUGGAGUCUGUCCAUUCUCCCAGUGUCUGCGUGAGUUUCUGCCGGGUGCUCUGGUUUCCUCCCACAGAUCAAAGAUGUGCAGAUUUAGUUAGACUGGCCUUGCUAAGUUGCCAGUAGUGUUCAAGGAUGUGCAGCUAGGUGGGUUAACCAAGGGAAUUGUACGAUUAUAGGGAUUGACUGGGGGGGGGGGGAUGUCUGGGUGAGAUGCUCUUCGGAGGGUUGGUGUGGACCUAUUGGUCCAAAUGGCCUGUUUCCACACUGCAGAUUCUAAACAUUAUAUAAAUGACUCCGAUCCUUUUACCUCCACCUGAUGGCAGAGGGGACCUCAAUUUAACAUCUUCAACAGUAGCUCCUCCAACAGUGUAGCAUACUCUGAGUCGUAAUGGAGUGAAGGUAUUGACUUCAUAGCUGCACAAAUGAAAUAAUUACUGUAGAAUGGUGCGAAGUGCUGAAAAUAUACCAAUUUGUUGAGGCAGUCAUUCUUGUAGAUUGAGGUCAAGGCAAGGUGGCGAGUGAACAUUAGUACAAAGACAGCAGCAGUGCAAGAGUAGAAUGCAAAGCAAUAAGUGAAGCCCAGUACAUCUACCAUACUCUGAACAGUUUGAGUUUCAAAACAUAUAAUUUGUUAAUGAUAAUGGAUUAUAGAUUUUCAAACUUUAUUGCGUUGAAGUUGUUUUGGCUCAUAAGUGAAUUUCUGUUUUAAAAAUGUCUUUCCCUAUCCAUUUAAAAUGAAACUUCCUUUUUUUACUUUGAAAUAGAAACCAGACAAAGAAUAUAUGGGCUGAAAUUGUGUCACAGGCAUGAUUUUCUUUUUAGAAAGCAAGGUACUGAGCUGAAUUUUUCAGGGUCCUGCUAUGUGCAGAAAUAUCUGAGACAUUAAAGAAGUUGUCCCUCAGGCUACAUUUCACCUGGACAACUGUUUUUCUUACCUUGGUUUUACUUGCUGACAGGUAACAAUCUAUUUGACCAUUUGUUACCUUCAUCUAUAGAGUGGAGGGUGCAAGUAGAAGGAAGCACUGAUUUGAAUUUUUGAUUACAUCUAGUGAAAUUGAAGAGUAUUUGUGAUAUACCUACAGUGAGUAAAUUAUUACUGACACUGUUUUUAAUAAAACAAUUCAGUUUUAGAAAUCAAA